AUGUCAAAAAUCUUGAAUGAACCUGGCACAUCUGAUUCAGGAGGUUCAAACUUGUAUGAUGAGUCUUCUUCUGAGGAUAAUGAAGAAGUAGGCGGCCUACCAACAGGUACAUCAGCAGCCGAAAGCCAUGGAGACGAGGAUUUCAUGGCAUCAGAUGAUGAGUUGGUGUCUGAAAGCAUCAGUGAUUCCAUGGCAUCAGAUGAUGAGUCAGUAUCUGAAAGCAUCAGUGCUCCAGAAGCACCUCAAUCAAACUCUUCGGACCCAACCAAUCCAGCCGAUGCUGCAACUUUGACAGAAUUUCACCCCUUCAGUCGAUUUUCUCUGGAGUUACAGAUAAUGGUCUUCGAACUGGCAUUGCCCGUUUCUGACCCCGUUUCUGACCCACUUCUCUUGAAGUUUGAGAUCGACAUUCAGGAAAAUCCUACCGAAAUUCGUCGUAAUAAGAAAACAGGAGAGGUUUACCACUCGGAUACAGAUUAUACGGUCAUAACCUGUGCCUGGAGUGCCAAAUCUCCUCCCUUACUGUCACUUUUACUGGCAUGUAAGGCUUCUUAUCAGGCGGUAUUAAACGGCGGAUACGAGAGAAUUGCGAUCUCUUCUCCAGACAACAACAAUCGACAGGACAACUAUGUUUUACAACAAAAGCCUCACCUGAACAUCAAAUAUCUUGUAGUAGAACCUACGCAGCGCGAUCACACUUGGCUACGUCCUGCCAAGGAUACAUUGGUGGUUUAUGCAAAGGAGAUUGUGAUGUUGUAUCAACACGGAGGCUCCAUGAACCUUGAGAAUAUCACACAUCUGGCGGUACACAACUUGGUAGAGAGAGAUAGACAUAAUGGCAGUAAAGUCCGAGCUCGGAACCUCUGGAAAUGGGUGUUUCUUAUUGCAGAAAAGCACUGCCCGGCGUUGAAGAAACUCAGUCUCCUUCUCGGUAUCGACUUUACAGAGGAGGCCGAUGAACUAAGUGAAAUUGAACUUGAUACACAUCACAUCAUCGUUGAUGUUGAUGAAAAUUUCUACCAACUGGAUUUUCAUGAUGAAUCAUAUGAUGAACGCUCCGUGGCAUAUGGUGAACGAUUUGGAAUUGAUGAGCUGUUUACAAAAGAGAAGCUGGUUGUUGAGCUAAGAGACACAUCGACUGUACUAGCAGAGUAUCUGGAUGAACAUGUUGACGACGAAAGCAAAGCUAAGUAUUGGGAGAAAGUCGAGGUCCUCCCUGGCUUCCGAGCCCGGCCCGAUCACCAGGCAAACACAACGAAGAUUAUGGGCGUAGGCGCAUGGGUACCCCAUGAUGCCAACGGAAAGCUCACUUUGAGGGCUUAG